AUUCGUAAACCGGCGCCUGGGUCGUUCCGCCGUCGCCUGCUUCCAAACUUCAGCACGCUCGUGAUAAAAUGUUACGUUCGAAAUUCAAUUAAAAACGUUUUUCUUAAUAAUAUUUUUUUUAAUUUUGGUGUUUUGGAAAAUGCGUUCGAUAGCUAAAUAUGAUGCUGAAACGUCUUCAAAACACCAAUCCAGCGGGCCCAGCUCGCAUACAUCUGAUCCUGACUUAGUGGAUGAUCUUCAUGAGCUGAUAUCGACAGACUUAGUUUAUUUAGAUAGUGGGAUCACAUAUUCCAAAAAUGACGAGCCAAUGUGCGCUGAGGUGGAGGAGCUCCUGGGAACGUCUCCAGUGCCUCGACCCUGCACGCUUGUGUGGCGAGACGUUUCCGUUCAUAUAAAACUUAAAGAUGGAAAGCUGAAAAGAUUAGUUAAUAAUGUUAGCGGUAUCGCAAAACCUGGUACGCUGGUCGCUCUGAUGGGACCGAGUGGUGCUGGUAAAACCACAUUGAUGACUGCAUUGGCUCACAGAAAUCCAGAUGACACGAUAGUUGACGGUGACAUAGUAAUGAACGGGCUCCCCGUCAGCGACUUCAUGCACAAGGAGAGCGGAUAUAUGCAUCAAGACGAACUGUUCGUUGAAAACCUUACUGUAAUGGAACACCUUACAAUCAUGGCCCGACUCCGCAUGGACCGUCGAACAACACCUUUGGCCCGUCGAAGAAGAGUCAACCAGCUAAUGCGGCAACUGUCGUUAUAUGGUGCGAAAAAUACUAGGAUCGGGGGUUUGGACGGAUUGAAGACGCUGUCAGGAGGCGAAAGAAAACGACUCGCUUUUGCUACUGAGCUCCUUACUGAUCCAGGACUGCUAUUCUGCGAUGAGCCUACCACAGGGCUGGAUUCCUCGUCAGCGCAAAAACUGAUGACGUUGCUGCGAGCGAGUGCUGUGCAGGGGAAGACUGUCAUCUGUACUAUCCAUCAGCCCUCGUCGGAACUGAUGGCGUUGUUUGACAAACUCCUGCUACUGGCUGAGGGAAGAAUAGCAUUUGCUGGCGAUGCUUCUGGAGCACUCAGUUUCUUUGAGAGCCUUGGUUACCAUUGCCCCAUCACAUACAAUCCGACCGACUUCUUCAUUAAGGUUUUGGCUUUGACUCCUGGCUCUGAAGGUGCAUCGAGACAAGCUAUCAAGAGUGUAUGCGACAGAUUCGCAGUCAGUGAUGCCGCUAAGGAAUUGGAUAUGGAAAUACAAUUGGAAUUUCAUUUGAUGGAUAACGAAGAUGAGGAAUCAAAGCGACUUAAAAGCAGCAACUUUCAACCACCCGGUCUUCACACGAAAAUAGCUUGGCUUGUGUAUAGAUAUAUGCUCAUAAUUCUAAGGGAUCCUCAAGUACAAUUCUUUCGAAUAAUACAGAAAUUGGUCAUAGCUCUGACAGCAGGUCUCUGUUUCAUCGGGACUGCUCGCCUCACACAAUCCGGUAUCCAAGACGUCCAGGGAGCUCUAUUCAUUAUAAUAGCGGAGAACACCUUUGCUCCUAUGUAUUCAGUGCUAUACAUGUUUCCUGAGGAGUUCCCGAUGCUGCAUAGAGAGCUAAAAGCAGGAUUAUAUUCCACGCCAGUAUAUUACGUGGCAAGAAUGCUGGCUCUGUUCCCCGGUCUGGUGGUGGAGCCGACGCUGUUCACGCUGGUUAUGUACUGGGUGGCCGGGCUUCGCGGAACAUUAUACGCAUUCGGCUUCACUAUCUUCCUCUCCAUCCUCGUGUUGAACGUGGCUAUCGCCUGUGGAUCAUUUUUCUCGUGUGCGUUCGGCUCCAUGCCGGUGGCGAUCGCUUACCUCGUGCCCUUCGACUACUCACUAAUGGUGACUUCAGGACUAUUCAUCAAGCUAAGCUCAAUACCGAAAUACAUAUCUUGGAUCCGACAUUUGUCUUGGCUGAUGUACUCUAACGAAGCAAUGAGUAUACUACAGUGGGAUGGAGUUCAGAAUAUUACUUGUGCAGAAGACAGUGAUAGUCCCUGCCUGAGCACGGGAGAGGAAGUGCUAACGGUGUAUGACUUUCACUUGAGUCAGUUCUGGAGCGACGUCAUAGCCCUUGUGAUCCUGUACCUCGCCUUCCACCUCCUCGCGUUGCUCGCACUGAAAUAUCGCACUAGAAGAAAAUAAAUAUUAAAACCUACGUAGAAAAGUAUGUUUCGUAUAAAUUAAAUA